UCUAAUGGAUCAUCUUAUAUUUAAGGAUAAAUAAAUCUUUUAAAGAAUCUUAUAAUUAAGAAUGGGAUCAAGGAAGAGAAAAUUCCAAAAAGCUAGUGGCUGCUAACAUUUUCAAUUCCAACUUUGUAGUAAGUACUAAUCAAUCACUAAUUUAACGAAUAAUUAAACAUGGAAAGCAACAAAACCACAUUGUUGAGACCUUCCACUACCUUUCUUCUUCCCUUUGUGACGAAUACAAAAUUUAAUACAAAAACUAUAUAUUAAAUUAUUAAUAUAUUCUCCACUCCUUGUUAUAAAUCUCCACUUCUGACUUCUGAGCUACUAUUUUCAUCCAAGAACUCAUUCAAAAACAUUCUACAUGAAAAACUCUUUACUAAGGUCAACGGCACGAGCUCUGUUCCACAGUAGUCGCAACUAUCACUGCAGCUUCUCAACUGCGGUGAUAGUUCAGCCGAGACACCAGAAUGGCGGUGGCACUCGUGGAAGCUUCUACUGGCAGAAGAUGUCAACUCUGCCAGAGAAAAAGGAUCAGCAUUCAGAGGAGAAUAAGAACAGUAAUGACAGCAACACCGUCGUUUCGAGUUACUGGGGAAUCACUAGGCCCAAGGUUAAAAGGGAGGAUGGAACUGAGUGGCCAUGGAACUGUUUCAUGCCAUGGGAAAGUUACAGCUCAGAUGUGUCAAUAGAUGUGACCAAGCAUCAUGUACCAAAAACAUUUGGGGACAAGUUUGCUUUCAGAUCUGUCAAGUUUCUAAGGGUUCUCUCUGAUUUGUAUUUCAAGGAACGGUACGGAUGCCAUGCAAUGAUGCUGGAAACAAUUGCAGCCGUCCCGCCAAUGGUGGGAGGGAUGCUUUUACACUUGAAGUCUCUAAGAAAAUUUCAACACACUGGUGGUUGGAUCAAAGCAUUACUUGAAGAAGCAGAGAAUGAGAGGAUGCAUUUGAUGACAAUGGUAGAGCUUGUAAAACCAAGUUGGCAUGAAAGGCUUUUGGUUAUUACUGCACAAGGAGUUUUCUUCAAUGCAUUCUUUGUUUUUUACAUACUCUCACCAAAAACUGCACACAGGUUUGUUGGUUAUUUAGAGGAGGAAGCUGUGAUUUCAUAUACACAACAUUUGAAUGCAAUUGAGAGUGGUAAAGUUGAAAAUGUACCUGCUCCUGCUAUUGCAAUUGAUUAUUGGAGACUUCCUAAGGAUGCAACUCUUAAGGAUGUUAUCACUGUUAUUCGUGCUGAUGAGGCUCAUCAUAGGGAUGUCAAUCACUUUGCUUCGGAUAUUCACCAUCAAGGAAAAGAACUGAAAGAGGCUCCAGCUCCUAUUGGUUAUCAUUGAGUCAUGUUUUUAUCGAUUUUUUUUAUCAAAUAGUGAUUUCUAUUUUCUAGCUAGCCUUUGUUGUCUAAACUUUCAAUUCGUGUCGGAAUUCUUCAAUAAAUAAAAUGUACUUUCAAUCUGCAUUUUA